UAGUUUUUCUCCCAUUAGCGACUUUGAACAUUCUCCUCUUCUUUUCUUUGCUAAAUUUCGGCAAUCGUGUUGAACGGAUUCAACGAGAAGAUCUCACCUAUAUUUCACUUUGCGCCAUCACAGUCGUGCGGUACGCUGACAUCUUUACUUUCUUGACUGACACCUUCUUCUCGCGCGGAUCACUUCAAUUUGAUGCAAACUCUGAUACUAACUUUGGAUCUGUUAUUGUUCGAUAAUCAAAUUUAGCCUCUUAUCGUUUCUACUCUUAGAUUUGCAAUCAUAUAGUAUGUGAUGCAGUUUGGGUUUGAUUCAAUUGGCUAAGCAAUAAGGGUUUUUUGGAGCUGAAAUAGUUAUUGAAUUGAUAAAGAAGAUGCCAUUAGAGGAAGGCAAGGAUUCUGCUAGGACGAACCAACCUAGGGCUUUACCGCUAAGAUUGCUUCAGUUGUUGGGGUUUUUUCUUUCUUUGUGUAUCGCUAUUUUAGUCAUUAGUAUAUAUACGAUUAGACGUUUUGGAGUUGAAAGUGUAGUAACCACAUUCAAAUCCAGUUAUGAGCCCUGCUAUGAGGAACCUGUUGGUUUGGAUCAUUGGAUAAAACCUCCCUCCAAUCUGCUUCAUUCCAUGACUGAUAAAGAGCUUUUUUGGAGGGUGUCUUUCGUGCCUCGAAUAAAAGAAUAUCCUUUCAGGAGAAUUCCAAAGAUUGCAUUUAUGUUUUUGUCAAAGGGACCCUUGCCUCUUGCACCUCUUUGGGAGAGAUUUUUAAAGGGAAAUCAAGGGCUUUAUUCCGUCUAUAUUCACUCCCAUCCAUCGUUCAGUCCCAACUUUCCCCGUUCAUCAGUUUUCCACGCGAGGCAAAUCCCCAGUCAGGUAUCCGAGUGGGGAAAGAUGAGUAUGUGUGAUGCUGAGAGGAGACUCCUUGCCAAUGCAUUGCUAGAUAUAUCGAAUGAAUGGUUCAUCCUACUCUCUGAAUCUUGCAUUCCUUUGUACAAUUUCAGUACCAUCUAUAAACACAUAAUGAAAUCGAAGCAUAGUUUCAUUGGUGCAUUUGAUGAUCCUGGCCCGUAUGGACGAGGACGAUACCAUGAGAAUAUGGCACCUGAAGUGGACAUUAGCCAAUGGCGUAAAGGAUCACAAUGGUUUGAAAUUGACCGAAAGCUUGCAAUCAAUAUAGUGGAAGAUAGCAAGUAUUACCGGAAAUUUGAAGAGUUCUGUAGGCCAGCAUGUUAUGUGGAUGAGCAUUAUUUCCCUACCAUGUUAACCAUUCAGGCAGCUGGAUCCCUAGCAAAUCGAAGCAUCACAUGGGUGGAUUGGUCAAGAGGUGGGGCUCACCCAGCUACAUUUGGAAGAGCAGAUAUCACCGAGGAGUUCUUUGUGAGGAUAUUUGAAAGUCACAGCUGCAAAUACAAUAACAAGAACACCUCAAUGUGUUACCUUUUCGCCAGAAAAUUUGCACCCAGUGCUUUGGAACCUUUACUGCAAGUAGCACCAAAGGUUCUGGGAUUUUAAGAGCUGCUACUUCCAGAACCAAAACUCGAAUCAAUAUUUGAAGAUGAAAAGAGGCAGGGAGCAACACACUAAACUCAUUCUUAUCCUAAUAUACUCUGUUAGAGAAGGCACCCUUCUUCCAUGUUAUUUGUGAGAAGGUACCCUUCUUUCACGUUAUUAUUGUGGGCUUUUUUUUUUUAACUUGGUCUACAUUUUUGACCCUCCCCCGGAUCACUUGAUAUCUAUCUGUACAGACUAGAGGGAAUUGAUGCUUUUGAUAUUACCCAAUCAUACUGAGGAUACACAUUCAUGCAGCCCGGGUUGGGUCUAAUUGUCCCUCCCUUAAAGUUCAUUUUUUCAGACACACUAGUGGGGUGUCUGAAUAGGUCUGUUUCUUAAGAAAAUUUUGUUUCCUUACAAGUAGAUAUUGGGAUAUGAGAGAUUAUUUUCUACUAUGAA